AUGAUCGGGGGAGAGAAAGGGUUCCAUUUGGUGAAAUUUGGACCAGAUUUGGACCAGAUUUGGACCAAAUUAGGGCUAUUUGAGCCAGCUCGUGAUUUGGCCUAUUGCCCUUAUUCUAAGUUCAGGGUUGGGUGUACCAUACUCACGGAAGACGGGGAAUUUAUUUCGGGAGCAAAUGUAGAGAAUGCUUCCUAUGGGGCAGGGAUUUGUGCUGAACGUACAACCAUUGUCACUGCAUCAAACCAGGGAAAACGUAAAUUUAAACUCAUCGCCAUUUCUGGUGAUACCGAUGAACCUCUAGCUCCUUGUGGUGUUUGUAGACAAGUCAUCAGAGAGUUCAGUAAGGACAUCCCUAUUGUCAUGUUGAACAAAACAGGUGAAAAAGUUAGGGUGAAAAUGUUACUGGAAAUGUUACCUUUCAGUUUUGGACCCGAAGAUCUUGGUGUACUGAUGUGA